AUGACGUUCUUCGACCUAAACAUACCGUACACCUUCCCAUCCUCAUCAUCUGGUAAAGAAGUCACCGUCGUAAACAAACUCCGCGUAAAACUCGCGACGAAAGCCAUGGAACUCGGCUACAUUGGAAUCGCACACAACAAUUCAAUCGGAAACGUACUAUCAGAGAAAGACACUUGCACGAUCCCUCUCCUCACUCUCCAAUCUCUCAUCAAAGCCUCUCCGCGACUAUCAUCAUCCGUCGCGUUCCAUCGCGACUUACUCCGCGUCCCUCGAUCCACUCCGUUUCGUCAGUACACUCGCGUAACCGUCAAGUUAGAGAGUAAGGCUCAGUGUAUGAGCUUGAACUCCGCGAAUCCGAUUCUUAAAAGCUACGAUAUCGUUGCAGUUAGGCCGAUGAAUCAGUACGCGUUUGAUCACGCGUGUACGGAAGCUGAGGUUGAUGUUAUUUCGAUUGAUUUCUCGAAUUUGGGGUUUCGAUUGAUGCAUCCGUUGGUUAAAGCUGCUGUUAAGCGAGGGGUUUACUUUGAGAUCAAGUACUGUGAUCUCUUGAAGGAUGCAGAGAAGAGGAGACAAGUUAUAUCCAACGCUAAGUUACUGGUGGAUUGGACUAAAGGGAAGAAUCUGAUUAUAUCGAGUGAUUCUCCUUCAGUUACAGAGCUUAGAGGUCCGAACGAUGUUAUCAAUCUCAUGUCUUUGCUUGGACUCUCUAGUGAAAGAGCCAGAGCUGCCAUUUCAAAGAACUGUAGGAAUAUGAUAGCCAAGAUUUUGAAGAAGAAGCGGUUUCACAAAGAAGGUGUCAAGGUUGAGUUACUUUCUUCUAGUGAUGAUACCUUUAGCCUCGAACAACCUCUGUCUGGUGAUUUCAUGAAAUGUGAUCCUCUCUCAAGUGGCGAAGGUGACAUGCUCUUGGAAGAUCUCGCAAAGGCUUUUGAUGCUGUGGCGCACAAAUCCUCUAAGGCUAUUGAUGUCACAUCUGAUCGUAAAGGCUUGCCAUCACAUGGUUUCCGGCUCAAUGAUAUUCUUGGAAGUGAACCUUCGACUCAGCCAUCUACAGCUAAGAUGAUUGACGCACCAGUGCACUGUAAGAGUCAAGAUUCUGAAGUAUGUAUGCCUGAUUCAGCUUCAUCAGUUGAUAAUCACCAAAUUGAGAUAUCUGAAGAUGACAAUAAAGUGGAACCUACAACGAUUGUCCCCUGA